AUGGGGAAUGAUGAUAAUGAACACGCCUUAGAAGAUCUCAGAUCCAAGAUUAUUGCGUCGAUGAGUAACGAGCCAAGUUCUAACAAGAGAACCGCUUUGGCCGGUGAUGAAAUGCAUAAUAAUAAAAGACAGAGGAAUAGAGAUGAUGGGAGUAGGGGUUAUAAAAAUGGCUACUCCGGUCCCAAUUAUCCCAAGAGACAUCAGAGCAAUCCAAGAUCAAGGUAUCAGGCGCAACAGCAACAGAAAAGAUUCCCUCCUAGGCCACAGUACAGUCGAUACCAAGGUAAUGCGGCCUCCAAUACAAGUGUAGGCAAAUUUAGAGAGGAGGAUCUUGCCCAUGUGGUACCGUUAGGUGAAAGAAAGAGGAUGAGACCAACAAAAUGGGAUAUUACUCCAAAGGGUUUUGAAAGCGUGCCAACUGAAAGAGCAAAACUAAGUAAAUUAUUCCCACAACCUGGUAAACCUCAUGAAUUAGAUCGUGACAAGUUGGAGAAAGUUAUUGCACAAGGGGGAACUAAUAAUCGGCGUACAAGGAUUCUUUUCGAGGAUGCAGAUGGUAACCAUUUGAUAUUUUCCAGAAUGUCUUGUAGAAUAAUUGUACGUGGAACUACAGAUUCAAUGGAUUUGAAUCGCAUCGAAGCUUAUUUGAAUGGGUUUGUACAAGCAAUAGAUCGUGAGUAUCAUGUAAAAGAAGUAGUACAGGGACCGUCCCACCUAGUAUUGGAAUUUAAUGACGCUGUCUGCACUACAAUAGUACUCAGUUGUCGUUCUUUUAUAUCCAAGGAAUUAGAUUUUGAUGGUAGUGAUUGGCAAAGACCGCAAGAAUACGUUCAACAGGUAGAUAGUUCUGAGAGGUUAUGUGGGCCUGAAAUUUUGGCGGUAGAAGGCCUGGUGCAUGGUGAAGAAAAAGAAUUGACCGAUCAGGGUUUCAAAGUAGUCUUCAUGGAGCCCAUAUUCACAAUUUCUCAAGAGAACCAAGAAAGAUUAUUUACAGGUUGUGCAUUAGUUGAAGUGGAAGAAGAACCGUCUGCGAACGGAAGUUUACGAUGGUUUAAACCUAAUGAAUCUCACAUGAAGCAAAAUAUAUCUUACAUGACUUUCCAAGGAUUGCCUAAAUUGGCUACAGAUCAAGUUAGAGUACCGUCACGAGUGUUGCUGCUAAUGAACCUUGUUGAUCCGCUUGAUUUGAAACUAGAAGCAUUUGCCCAAGAAGUGAAAACAACUUUAGAAUCUACGCUGCACAAGGUGGAAAGCGUAAGGAUGAAAAAGCCAAGUGCAGACUUUAGACUCAAUUUGGAACGCAUUGGAGAAGGCGUUGGAAAUGUUUACGUUAAAUUUCAGGAUGUAGAAUCUGCUGAAGCAGCCAUGGAAAACUUACCGCAUAGAAAGUUCAAUGGACGUAGUGUACUUUGCUGCUACGUGGCAGAAUCCGAUUUUGAGACUUUGGGCAUUUUAUAA